AUGACGACCCACUUCUCAUACCCAAGUCUCGAUCUCCAAGACAAGCUAAAACAGACCGCUGAAGCUAUAGUUGCUCCAGGAAAAGGAAUUUUAGCUGUGGAUGAAGCCAACGAUGCUAUUGGCAAACUCCUAGCAACCGUUGGACUGCAGAACACAGAAAACAAUAGAAGAAGAUAUAGACAGCUUCUGUUUACAGCCGAUGACGCUCUAUCAGAUAAUAUAUCAGCAACAAUACUCUUCGACGAGACAGUAUACCAGAAGACGGAUGAUGGAACCCCAUUCAUAGAGUUGCUUAAGAAGAAGAAUAUCAUACCUGGCAUCAAGGUUGAUAGAGAUACGGUUCCACUGUUUUUGUCUGAAGAUGAAGUUACUACUCAAGGUCUCGACGAUUUAGCAAAACGCUGUGCAGAGUACAAAAAGCAAGGCUGUCGUUUUGCCAAAUGGAGAGCUCCUCUGAAGAUUGGUGAACAUACACCUUCAGUGCAAGCUAUUCAGGACACUGCUCAAGUAUUGGCCCGAUACGCUGCGAUUUGUCAGAGCGAGGGCCUGGUUCCCAUCGUUGAACCUGAUAUUUUGUUGGAUGGCGAUCAUGAUAUUGUACGAGCACAGAAAGUAACGGAAGUUGUGUUAGCUGCUGUGUACAAGGCUUUGAGUGAUCAUCACGUAUUCUUAGAAGGAACUUUAUUGAAACCGAAUAUGGUGACUCCUGGACAAGGAUGCUCAAAAAGAAGCUCAACAGAAGAAAUCGCAAAAGCCACAGUCACUGCUUUGCUAAGAGGAGUACCGGCUGCAGUACCAGGAAUAACCUUCCUUUCUGGAGGUCAAUCUGAAGAAGAAGCGACACAGAACCUAAAUGCUAUCAACCGAGUGAACAUGAAGAAACCGUGGAUGCUUACCUUCAGUUAUGGUCGGGCUCUUCAAGCCUCUGUCUGGAAGACCUGGGCAGGAAAGGAUGAAUAUGUUAAGAAAGCGCAACAGGAGUUGUUGAAGAGGGCUAAGGCCAAUGGACUAGCUGCACUUGGAAAAUACGACGGCACCAUUAGCACGGCAGCGAGUGACAAAUCUAACUACAGCAAAGAACAUAAAUACUAAAAUUGUAAGCAUAUUUCGUAAUGCCACAAGUACAUAACAGUGGCGAAGGACUCAGACAGCUAGAUUGUGAUUGGUAUAUCUAAGAAAUUUAUUCUACUAAUUACCUGAAGAUAGUAAAAAUUUGGAAUUGAUUGAAGAGAUUUGGUAUUUUGCUACAUGUAGCCACCCUUCGCCAUUGUUACACACAGCAUUCAAAGCCGAAAAGCAAGAGGUUUUGUAUCAUAG